AUGAUGGCUCUCCUCAUGGUUUUGGCUGGUUUGGGACUCGUGAUGGCCGAGCCGCCUGCUUCAGGAGUGGUCAACUCCACAAUGCGUGCCAAUGAGCCGCGCCACUUGGCCUCAUGCGGCGUGGCUGGGGCUGUUGACUGUGGUGUCUGCAAGUGCACCGAUCGGAUCGCUUGCCAGUGGUGCGACGGAAGUGGGGGCCCAGCAAGCAUCGGCAGCACGGGUCCGAGCAACAGCCCCGCCCCGGCGGCACCGGCAAGCACCCAUACCUCCGGCUCUAACGGUGGUGGCUUCUGCCCAUCCAAUCUGGUGAGCUGCGGUGUCUGCACGUGCACAACUCGAAGCUCUUGCCAGUACUGCAACGGCUACGGUGGUCCCGCCAGUAUCAGCAGCAGUGGCAGCAGCAGCGGCAGCAGCAGUGGAAGCAGUGGCAGCAGUGGCAGCAGCAGUGUCAGUGGCAGUGGCAGUGGCAGUGGCAGCAGCAGCAUCAGCGGCGGCGGCAGUGUCAGUGGCGCCGUCAGUGCUGGCCAUCGAGUCUACGCGCCCUUUGCCGCCCUCUUGGCGCUUCCGUUGGCUUUUUCUCUUCGGAAGUAG